AAAAUGUCGCGUGGGUUUUUGUGUGAAUUGGGUAUUUUCUGCAAAGCCCUGUUGCCCACUGUAGCCCUGCACGCUUCUGCACUUUGUCUUUCUUCGCCGCAGUUCCAGUGUCACAGUGUGUAUUUUGCGUGUUUCUUUGGCUUUCUGAGGUUCGAUUUCUUUUCAGCGGGGGCACCUAUGUGGUUGCGCUCUUGCAGUAAGUACCUCUUUUGUGCAGUCCAAGCCUGGUUUGUUCGAGUCGUUAGCGCGGGACUUCACUACACCUGACACUCUACGCAAUUCAACCCUUAUUCCACCUGACCUCAUACAAGAGACUAGUAUCAACUGGAUGCGUUUCGUAUACUUCAAGCCCCCUAUCCAAGUCUCCGUUCUCAACCUGGUUGUCCCGUGCCCGAUUUUACUUUGU